CGCUCUCGUCGGCCACUCUCAGCCUUUGCUGACUUGUGUCUUCUCUUCUGCAUAUUCUUCCCCUGCAGCAAAACCAGUCAUACUCUCCCGACCCGUCGUCCCACUAUUACGCCAUUUUUUGCUAAUUCGUAAUCCCAUCGGCUCGCCUUCCCGAUCAGCAAGCCCCGCACUACUGUAUAUAAUUUGCGCUCUGCUCGCUUUCGUCUUUCUCUUCCCAUUCCUGCGUGUAUCCUAGGCAAAAAUGGCUUCAGAAUCCAAAAGAGAACGCGGAAUCCGCAUUGCCAUCGACCGCGGCGGUACUUUUACCGAUUGCGUCGGCAAUCCAGGUACGGGGAAGAUGGAGGACGACGUCCUCAUUAAACUUCUUUCCGUCGAUCCCCAAAACUACGACGACGCGCCUCUGGAAGGCAUCCGCCGCUUGCUGGAACGCUUCUCCGGCCAAGAAAUACCCCGCGGCCAGCCGCUAGACACGUCCAGGAUUGAAAGCAUACGCAUGGGCACCACGGUGGCCACAAACGCGCUGUUGGAACGCAAAGGAGAGGACAUUGCAAUGGUGGUAACCAAGGGCUUCAAAGAUUGCUUGGCCAUCGGCAACCAAUCGCGCCCGAACAUCUUCGACCUGGCCAUCCGGAAGCCCGAGGUCCUCUACAAGAUAGUCGUCGAGGUCGAUGAACGCGUGACACUGGAGGACUAUGCCGAAGACCCUGAGCGGCACGAAACCAAGGCCGAGCCGGUGGAAAAAGCUGCGACCGACGCCGAGCUCGUACGGGGCCUGUCUGGUGAGGCCGUGAGGAUAUUGAAGAGGCCCGCCGAAGAUGAGAUAAGGAAACAACUACAAGAAGUCUUCGACAACGGUUUCAGGAGCAUUGCAGUCUGCCUGAUGCACGGCUAUACCUACCCAUUGCACGAAGCCCUGAUUGGAAAGCUGGCCAAGGAAAUCGGAUUCGAGCACGUCAGUCUGAGCCAUGAGCUUAUGCCCAUGAUCAAACUUGUUCCGAGGGCUACGUCUGCCUGCGCUGAUGCCUACCUGACGCCGGCUAUCAGAAAGUACAUCGACGGCUUCCAAAAAGGCUUUGAAGGUGGACUCGGCACUGCGAGUGUCAAACGCGAAUCAGGCAGCAAGGGUGCACGUUGCGAGUUCAUGCAGAGCGAUGGCGGCCUCGUCGAUGUCGACAUCUUUUCGGGCCUGCGAGCUAUCUUAUCUGGCCCCGCUGGCGGUGUAGUCGGAUAUGCCCUUACUUCCUACGACCCCAAGACUAAGAUUCCCGUGAUUGGCUUCGACAUGGGAGGGACCAGCACUGAUGUCAGCCGUUACGGUGAGGGCAAGUAUGAGCAUGUCUUUGAAACCACCACUGCCGGCGUGACCAUCCAAUCUCCUCAGCUUGAUAUCAACACGGUCGCCGCAGGCGGAGGGUCGAGGUUGUUCUUCCGGCACGGCCUGUUUGUAGUGGGUCCUGAGUCUGCGAGCGCGCAUCCUGGUCCUGCUUGCUAUCGUAAAGGUGGACCUCUUACGAUCACCGAUGCGAACCUUUUCCUCGGCCGCUUGCUACCCGACUUCUUCCCCAAAAUCUUUGGUAAGAGCGAGGAUGAGGGCCUGGACCCUGCAGCGAGCGAGAAACUUUUCAAAGAGUUAACAGAGCUGAUCAACAAGGAGGUUGCUGGAGGUAGCAAGGACAAAGAGAUGUCCAUGGACGAGGUGGCUUAUGGUUUCGUCAAGAUCGCGAAUGAGACCAUGACUCGGCCAAUCCGAUCGCUCACCGAAGCAAGAGGCCAUGACACUUCCAAACACCGGCUUGCCACCUUUGGCGGUGCAGGUGGCCAACACGCUGUCGCAAUUGCCGAAGCACUGGGUAUUUCUCAAAUCCUUGUUCACAGGUACUCUUCGGUCCUUUCUGCAUACGGCAUGGCUCUUGCCGACGUUGUCGAUGAGCGCCAAGAGCCCGAAUCCCAGGUCUGGUCGGACGACGACCAAGCGGUGAGGAAGUACCUCCAGCAGAAGAUGGAAGAACUCAAGAAAAGGUCGACAGCUACCCUGAAAGACCAAGGCUUCGACGACGAGCAAAUUCAUUUUGAAGAGUAUCUCAACAUGCGCUACCGUGGCACGGAGUCUGCCCUCAUGGUCAUCAAGCCUUCAAAGGAGGAUGCGGACAAGAACUACAACGGCGAUGAUUGGUCGUUUGGCAAGUCAUUUAUCAAGCAACAUGAGCAGGAGUUCGGUUUUACACUUCCGGAUCGCGACAUCAUUGUUGACGACGUCCGCGCCAGAGGUAUCGGCAAAACGUUCGAGGGCCUAGAGAAGACUGUUGACCAGCAGCUCGAGGAGGUCAAGCCAAAGGAUCUUGAAAAGGGCGACAAGCAGUAUGGCACCAGCAAGGUCUACUUUGAGGGCGGCCGCCAAGAUACCCCCAUAUACAAGCUCGAAGACCUUGCGGUCGGUGAUCGCAUCAAGGGCCCUGCUAUUAUUGCCGAUGGGACACAAACGAUCGUUGUCACUCCGGGCGCCACAGCAUUACUCAUCGAUACGCAUGUCAUCAUCAACAUCGGCGAGGCUAACAGUCAGGACAAGAAGGUUAACACCAAAGAAGUGGACCCGAUCAUGCUCAGUAUCUUUGCUCAUCGCUUCAUGGCAAUUGCCGAACAGAUGGGCAGAGCCUUGCAAAAGACCAGCGUCAGCACCAACGUCAAGGAGCGUCUGGACUACUCUUGCGCUCUGUUCGAUAAUACUGGUGGCCUUGUUGCAAACGCACCUCAUCUUCCAGUUCAUCUCGGCAGCAUGUCGACUUGUGUCCGGAAGCAGGCCAGUAUCUGGAAGGGCAAACUUAAGAAAGGCGACGUGCUGGUAUCAAACCACCCCAUGUUUGGAGGCACCCAUCUUCCCGACAUAACCGUCAUCACGCCUGCCUUUAGUGGAGACAAGAUUGUAUUCUACGUUGCUUCUCGCGCACACCACGCCGAUAUCGGUGGCAUCCUUCCGGGUUCAAUGCCACCACAAUCUCGAGAGCUUUUCCAGGAGGGCGCGUCCAUCAAAACGGAGAAGCUUGUUUCUGAGGCCAAAUUUAACGAAGAGCGCAUCACCGAGCUCCUCCACACUGAGCCUGCUCAGUAUCCCGGCUGCAGUGGCACGAGAUGCUUGUCUGACAACAUCAACGAUCUGAAGGCCCAGGUCGCCGCUAACCAGAAAGGCAUCAAUCUCAUUAGCACGCUCAUCGAGGACUACGGCGAGGAUGUGGUCCAAUUCUACAUGCAGAGCAUCCAGGACAAUGCUGAGCUAAGUGUCAAGAACUUGCUCAAAGAAGUCAGCAAGCGUUUCGAGGGUCAAGACCUGUCGGCCGUGGACUACAUGGAUGACGGUAGCCCAAUCAAGCUCAAGGUAACUAUCGAUGCCGACAAGGGCGAGGCUGUGUUUGAUUUUGAAGGAACCGGUCCGGAGACGUAUGGCAACAUCAAUACACCAGAGGCCAUCACUUACUCGGCCGUCAUUUACUGCCUCCGUUGCCUGAUCUCCGAAGACAUACCGCUGAACCAAGGCUGCUUGAAGCCUAUCCAAGUCAAGAUCCCCAAGACGUCGUUCCUCUCUCCAUCAGACAAGGCUGCGGUUGUUGCCGGCAAUGUCUUGACGAGUCAACGCGUCACCGACGUCAUCCUCAAGGCUUUCCGCGCCUGCGCCGCUUCACAAGGCUGCUGCAAUAACCUGACGUUCGGCUUCGGCGGCAACGUAGAAGGCGAAAAGGAGCAAAAGGGCUUCGGCUACUACGAGACGAUAUCGGGCGGGUCCGGGGCCGGGCCAACAUGGGACGGCACGUCGGGGGUGCACGUGCACAUGACGAACACGCGGAUCACGGACUCUGAGAUCUUCGAGCGGCGGUACCCGGUGAUUCUGCGCGAGUUCAGCCUGCGGCCGGGCAGCGGCGGCGCGGGCCAGCACCCGGGCGGCGACGGCGUCGUGCGCGACAUCGAGUUCCGCAUCCCGAUGCAGGUGUCGAUACUGUCGGAGCGGCGCGUGUACCACCCGUACGGGCUCGAGGGCGGCGAGGAGGCGCAGUGCGGCCUGAACAUUUGGGCGAGGCAUGUGGGGAAGAGCGACGUGAAUGCGGACGCGGCGAAGGAGGGCGGCGAGUGGCGGUACAUCAACAUGGGCGCGAAGAACACGGCGUCGAUGCAGGCGGGCGAGCGCAUUAUCGUGCACACGCCUGGUGGUGGUGGGUGGGGCAAGGUUGGCGAGAAGAGCGUUGCCGUCAAGAAGCACGAUCCGACGCUUACGUGGAAGAAGGGCAGUGUGGCUGGCAGGCAAGAGACGGCAGAGGCGUCUGCGUAG